AAACAACAAAACAUGACCUCAUGACCCGGACGUGGAUCUUCUUCUUUUGUGCCAGCUCGGAGCAGCCAACCGGAGCUGGAGGAGCCGCCUGCAACAACGACGCCAGACAGCGACGGGAGCAGCAGACAGGCCCUCGGACUGUGAAGACACCGAUGGGGAAGAAAAGUCGCAUCGUCGGGGGAGCGGUCGGUCGGAGAACGAUCCUACAGCUUUCACCCCCCGGGCUUCGCGGGGGGGCCGCCGGAGAGAGAGACGAGGGAGGCUCCGGAUCGGAUGACGAACAGGACGGAGACGGACAGAGAUUUGUGAGAGAAGUGCGCACAAACAUGAAGGCUCCCGCUGUCAAGGCCACAGAGGGCUUGUCUUUGCUCGGAGCCUAUGAAGACAGUGACGAUGAUGAAGCUGGAGACUCUCAGCAUUCAAUGGCAAACUCUCAACGCAUCCAGUCGACUGACAUCGACAGUACCUUGGCCAAUUUCAUGGCUGAAAUUGAUGCAAUCACCACUCAGCCAAGUUCAGACGAUGCGGCGUCUCAUUCCUCAGUUCCAACUACAGCCCCUCCCAGACCUGAAGUCAAUACCCAGCAGCCGGCUGCCAGUGAAGAACAGAAUCAACAAAGCACACAGUUUGAGUACAAUACUCAGUACUCACUCGCUGGAGUGGGUGUGGAGAUGGGAGACUGGCAGGAGGUUUGGGAUGAAAACUCUGGAUGCUACUACUACUGGAACACUCUGACCAAUGAGGUGUCCUGGGAGCUGCCACACUAUCUAGCUGAUCAGGUGCAAAGCCUGGGGCAGUACGCCAACAGCUCUAGUGUCAAUGGAAACGGCACAGCGCAUGCAGGUUAUCACACAGAGGAGAGUGCUGCAUCUGCUGCAGCCCCAACACCAAUGAAAGAGACCAAAGUGAAGGAGGUCAUUGAGAGCGUCGUAGGCCUCACAAGUGAAGAGGAAGAGCGCCGCGGGGUGGCUGCGUCUCUGCUUGGUCCUCUGAUCCCCUCUGAAGUGAAAGAAGCAGAAGAAAAGUGGAGAAAAAAACUGCUCAAAGGUUUGGAUGAGCCUGAGAACAGUUUGGAUUCAGAUGGAGAAGGUGUUCGCCCUGUAGGAUCCCCCGCCAUCUCUCAACAGGACCCCGAGCCAGUCCCUACUGUCCAGAAAGAUCUUAGCACCAAGAAGCAGUCAAGAGACAACUCAGAUGCUGAGGAGGAGACAGAGGAGGAUACAAUGGACCUGGAACUGGCUCUGGAGAGGAAAAAGGCUGAGCUACGGGCUCUGGAGGAGGGUGAUGGGAGCGCAGGAGGCUCCAGUCCUUGUUCUGAGACGAGCCAAGAAGCCUCUGGGGCCCGUGCUCCUCAAGUGAAGAAAAACCGGUGGAAGACGGCCUUUCCCUCUGCGGCCAGCCCUGACUCGAACAGCAGAGGUUCAGACCAGCAGGACAACACAGAGACAGUCGUGGAGAGUGUUGCAGAAGGAGAAGACAAGGAAGCGGACAGUUCUGAGGAGAAAACAAAACCUGCAGUUAAAGAGGAGGUGGAAGCGCCUGAGCUCAAAGUGGAAACGCCUGAGCUCAAGUUUCAGAUUGGACAACUGGCUAACACCUUAACCAGCAAGAUGGAGUUCCUGGGGAUAAACAAAAAGGCGAUCUCAAACUUUCAGUUGCUUCUGCUACAAACUGAGACUCGGAUUGCUGACUGGAGGGAAGGCGCUCUGAAUGGGGUCUAUCUUCGCCGCCGACUACAAGAAGCUGCAGAACACAUAAAAUAUUACGAACUUAACGCCACCCCUAAAGGCUGGUCCUGCCACUGGGACAGAGAGCACAGGCGGUAUUUCUAUGUAAACGACCGGACCAGUGCCUCCCAGUGGGAUUUCCCAACAGAGGAGGAUAAGAACGAAGAUGCGAAGGGCUGCCAAGCUACCCAGACACAGAUGUCCAGCCAAGAGGAUGCCAAAUCCUCUGCCCCCGCUGGAGGGCUCACAGGAUCCACGUUUGCUUCUGCUGCUCCACCAGCACCUCCUCAGCCCAGUGCAUCGUCCUUCUGGCCUCCAUCUCAACCUCCUCUUCCUGCCAGCCCACCUCCGCCACCAUCCAGCUACCCCCCGCCUCCACCUCUUCCCCCAGACUCACCACCUCCACCUCCUCCCCCUCCUGACAGCGAUGGAGAGAUCAUGGAGGUGGAGAUGGAAAUGGAUGAUGAUAACGACGGGGAGCCUCCGGCCCCUGGUACUGAAGAAGACGGCAGUGGGAGGCCUCCUUUACCUCCUGGUACUGCUAGCAUGAAGAUUGUGGAGUCUGCUCCCUUUGGGAAGGGUCAGAAACGUAAAGCCGGUCAGCUGAAUAAAGCUAUUAUAGGCAGCAGUCCCAUUCUCUACACCCAGCCUGCUGCCAGUGCAGCUCCUAUUAUGUCAGCAACUGCCUACUGGGGUGUGCCGGCUGUCGCUGCCCCUUUGGUCCCUUGUGAACCUCCACCCCCACCUAUCCCAGCCCUACCUCCUCAACCACCACUCCCACCAUCCCAGCCACCGUAUGAACCUCCCGGAGCCAAAGCUCUGCCCACAGACAAGACCAAGAAAGUGAAAAAGGAUAAGUCAAAGAAGAGUAAAAUCAAAAUGCCUUCGCUGGUGAAGAAGUGGCAGAACAUCCAGAAGGAGCUGGAUGAGGAGGAGAAGAGCAGCUCAAGUGACGAGGACAGGGACCAGCUUAACAAGAAGAGUAUCGAGGAGUGGAAACAACAGCAGUUUGUGACAGGAAAAGCGUCAAAGAACGCCAACUUUGAGGCACUUCCUGAUGACUGGCGGCAGCGACUGAAGAAACGCAAGGUGGCGAAUAAUACGUAACACCUAGCCUGUGUCAUACACCGGCCAGUUGACGUUUUCCACUCCUUUUAUUAUAAGGUCAUCCUCCCCCAGCUUAAGUUUUGUUUUUAUGAUCUCUGGACUGUCGUUUUCUUGAUGGAGACAUUUAGAGGCCCUUACAUGGCAGGCCAUCACCAGAAGGGUUUGAUGUCAUUUUCACGUUUUUGUAGCCACUGUUGUAAAUGUGCCAAAUGUCUUGAGUUCAUCAGAAAUACUUCAUCAUUUUGUAUAGACCCCACCUAGAUGAUGUUUGGAGGGAUUGUCUAUUUUAUUGAGCAUUUUUACAACUGUGUACAUACAGUGUAUAAUGGGAUACUCCCAUGUUUUUGAAAAGGGGGGAAGUCAUUGAACUUGUACAUUUUGUAAAAAGUUAUUAAACUGUUUUCCAAAGCCAUAUCUGUAUUUGUUUUUAUAUUGUCUGUAUUUUUUAUGCAUUAAAACAAAACUUUUUAAUAGACUA